AGUAUCAAAAACCAGAGAGAGCUUCUCUCUCUCUUCAUGCAAUUUCAGGCGUUGUUUCUCUGAGAAAACCCUAGCAUUGUGUUGAAGAUGGAUAAGGGGAAGGCGAUAGCCGGAAGCGGAUCGUCCGCCGCCGGCAAGCGCAAGCCCGUCGAUGACAAGUCCGGCGGUGGAAGCCGGAAGCGGAGGAACCCCGGCGUUCUCCAGUUCUUCGAGCACUCCGCCGCCGAAUCCGACGGCUCCGACGGCAGCGACAUCGACGAUUUUAUGGAAGAAGUUGAAACAGAACCUGUAGUCAACAGUGAACCUGAGAAAGCCCAUAUCCCUCCAUUUAUUCCUAAAGAGGAGGUUGUGGAUGAGGAAGAAUUUGAAAGAAUGAUGGAAGAACGAUACAGAACUGGUUCUACCUAUGUUACCUACACUGAAGAUAAUUUUGAAAAUAAAAGAUCAGUUGAUGGAACUGUGCUCGAGCCUUCUGCUAAAGAUCCUGUUAUCUGGAAAGUAAAGUGUGCGGUUGGACGCGAGAGGCACUCAGCUUUUUGUAUGAUGCAGAAGUUUGUAGACUUACGAUCAUUGGGUACCAAGCUGCAGAUGAUAUCUGCAUUUGCUGUUGAUCACAUCAAGGGUUUUGUUUUCAUUGAAGCUGAUAAGCUAUGUGAUGUACAGGAGGCCUGUAAAGGACUAUGUAAUAUUUAUGCAUCCCGUGUGACACCAGUUCCUAAAAAUGAAGCUCCUCAUUUGCUGGCUCCUCGGACUAGGAAGAGUGAAAUUGCUGUCGGUACUUGGACCCGUGUGAAGAGUGGGAACUACAAGGGUGACUUGGGACAGGUUGUGGCUGUGAAUGAAAAGAAAAAAGCAACAGUGAAGCUGAUACCCAGAAUUGAUCUACAAGCAAUGGCUGCCAAAUACGGCGGGGGAUUUACUAGAAAGAAGCUGCCCACUCCAGCACCGAGAUUGAUCAGUACAAGCGAACUUGAGGAGUUCCGCCCUCUCAUUCAGGACAGGAAGGAUAAGGAUACUGGAUUGCGUUUUCUGUGUCUUGAUGGUAUGCUCCUUAAGGAUGGAUAUCUGUACAAAAAAGUGUCAUUAGAUUCAUUAAAUUGCUGGGGUGUCAUGCCGUCUGAAGAGGAGAUACUGAAAUUCAAGUCUUCUGAGAACAAUGAAUCUGCCGAUCUGGAGUGGCUUUCACAACUUUAUGGUGACAAUAAGAAAAGGAAGAGCAUUGGCAGUGAUGAAGAAGAGGGUUCAGCAGGGUGUAUUGGAAAAGGGGGAGGCUCAUCAAAGGGUAGUGGCAAAGGAAAAGGUCCUUCAGUUGGGAAAGAAGGUUCUUCAGGGUGUACUGGAAAAGGAGAAGGUUCUUCACGGUGUACUGGGAAAGGAGAAGGUUCUUCACGGUGUACUGGGAAAGGAGAAGGUUCUUCACAGUGUACUGGGAAAGGAGAAGGUUCUUCAGAGCAUGGUGGGAGUCUCUAUGAGCUGUAUGCUCUUGUUUGUUUCGGCAAAAAAGAUUUUGGUCUUGUCUUAGGCGUUGCGAAAGAUGAUACUUACAAGAUACUGAAAGAGGAUUUGGGAGGAUCUGCUGUUGUGACAGUUCCACAGAAGGAGAUAAAGACUGUGCUUUCUGAUGUAAAAUUCACUGCUUUAGAUCAGCACCAGAAGAACAUUUGCAUUAAUGAUAAAGUUAAAGUUUUGGAAGGACCAUUGAAGGACAGGCAAGGAAUAGUGAAGCAAGUCUACAGGGGCACGAUAUUCAUGUUUGAUGAGAAUGAGACAGAAUAUGGUGGUUAUUUCUGUUCAAAAUCUCAAAUGUGUGAGAAAAUUAAGCUUUCCAUUGACGUCAGCCCAGAACAGGAUGGGGGUUCUGGUGCUCUGGGUUUUGAAGAUUUCACAUUAUCACCUAAUUCCCCUCUAUCUCCAAAAAAACCAUGGCAAGGAAGGGAAAAUAACUUCAACCAGGGUGAUGAUGGAAUGUUCUCAAUUGGUCAAACUUUAAGAAUUCGUGUUGGUCCAUUAAAGGGAUACCUCUGUCGUGUCUUGGUCAUACGCCGUGCUGAUAUCACUGUUAAAAUUGAUUCUCAGCAAAGGGUUCUUACAGUUAAAACUGAGCAUCUUACAGAGGUUCGUGCAAAGAGCUCUGCCAUUCUUAGUGAGGAUCUGGAGUCUAGCUCUCUUAAACCAUUUGAUAUGCUUGGUGAAGGAGGUCACGAUUGGACAGAUGGAGGUGGGACAUCAGCUGGGGGUGAAGGGUGGAAUGCUGGAGGGUCAUCUGGUGAAGGGAAUGCUUGGCCAAGUUUCUCGGCCUCGGGCAAUUCACUUCAGCCUGAGUCAAGCUCUGCGAAUCCUUUUGAUUCUGAUGGAAAUGGUGCUAAAAAGGAGGAUAGUUCAUGGGAGAGGAACGUGGCUUCAAAUAACAACUCAUCUUGGGGCGCUAAAGUUGGAGAUGACAGCAGUCUUUCUGAUACUUGGAAAAAAGCAUCAGAACCUGCCAGUUCAUCCUGGGGUGUAGCAGCAGCAGUAGAUAACAAGGAUCAAAGUACUGGGUGGGGCAAAAGCAACUCUUGGGGCGCCAAAGUUGGAGGUGACAGCACUUUGUCAGAUACUUGGCAAAAAGUAUCAGAACCUGCUAGUUCAUCCUGGGGUGUGGCAGCACCAGUAGAUAACAAUGAUCACAGUACUGGGUGGGGUGCAAAGGCUGGAUGUGACAGCACUGUGUCAGAUAGUUGGAAAAAAGCAUCAGAACCUGCUAGUAAUUCCUCCUGGGGUGUUGCAGCAACAGCUGAUAACAAGGAUCACAGUUCUGUCUGGGGCGGUAAUGAUAGUCGGAAACCAAGUGUUGCAGAUGAUAGUGGUGGCGGAGGUUCUGCUUGGAAUAAGCCAGCGGGAGGUUCUUGGAGUAAACAAGCUGGAGGAUCCUCCUGGGGUAAGCAAGUCGAUUCAAAUACUGGUGAUGCAGGGUGGAAAAGUUCAACACCGUCAGUAGAGAAUCAGAAUGGGAGCUGGGGUAAUGCAGGUGGUUGGGCAAAAGCUCAAGGUGGAUCUGGUAAUGAUAAUCAGAAAGACAGUUGGAAGAACCCAGGUGGUGUAGAUGACAAUAAAAGCUCAUCAUGGAUGAAGGAAGAUGGAGUUUCUGCCUGGAAUAAACAAGAUGGAGGCUCUUCUUGGAAUGCUGGUGGUUCUUGGAGUAAAGGUGGGGAUCAAGGGUCUGGUGGUGGUGGUGGCUAUGGCGAUGGUUCUGUUGGUAGAGGGGGUGCAGGUGGAAACUGUUUUAAGUGUGGUGAGUCAGGACACAUGGCUAGGGAGUGUCCUCAGGACGGCGGUGGCGGUGGCAGUAGAGGUAGUGGAGGCGGCAACUGUUUCAAGUGUGGUGAAUCUGGCCACAUGUCCAGGGAGUGCCCUCAGGGUGGUGGUGGUAGAGGAGGUGGAAGUGGGAAUUGUUACAAGUGCGGUGAAGCUGGCCACAUGUCUAGGGAGUGCCCUCAGGGUGGUGGAGGAGGUGGAGGUGGUAACUGUUUCAAAUGCGGUGAAGCUGGACACAUGUCUAGGGAGUGCCCUCAAGGUGGUGGUGGUGGUAGAGGGGGUGGAGGCGGCAAUUGUUUCAAGUGCGGUGAGUCCGGCCACAUGUCCAGGGAGUGCCCUCAGGGUGGUGGUGGUAGAGGAGGUGGAGGUGGGAAUUGUUACAAGUGUGGUGAAGCUGGACACAUGUCUAGGGAGUGUCCUCAGGGGGGCGGUGGUGGUAGAGGGGGUGGAGGUGGUAAUUGUUUUAAGUGUGGAGAAUCUGGACACAUGUCGAGGGAAUGUCCUCAAGGCGGGGGUGGUAGUAGAGGGGGUGGAGGUGGUAACUGCUUCAAGUGUGGUGAAUCUGGACAUAUGUCAAGGGAGUGCCCUCAGGGCUGUGGUGGAGGUGGGAACUGUUACAAGUGUGGUGAAUCAGGACACAUGUCUAGGGAGUGCCCUCAGGGUGGUGGCGGUGGUAGAGGGGCUGGAAGUGGGAACUGUUUUAAGUGUGGCGAAUCUGGACACAUGGCUAGGGACUGCUCUCAGGGAGGUGGUAGCUAUGGCGGCUUUGGUGGUGGAGGAAAGCCCACUGAGUCAUGGAGCAAGAGUUCUUGGGGUACUGGAGUUGGUGGAAGUGGCAAUGGGGGAGGAAAGCCCACUGAGUCAUGGAGCAAGAGUUCUUGGGGUACUGGAGAUGGUGGAAGCGGCAGUGGCGGAGCAAAGCCCACUGAGUCAUGGAGCAAGAGUGCUUGGGGUACUGGAGAUGGCGGAAGUCGCAGUGGCGGAGCAAAACCCACUGAGUCAUGGAGCAAGAGUGCUUGGGGUACUGGAGAUGGCGAUAGUGGCAGUGGCGGAGCAAAGCCCACUGAAUCAUGGAGCAAGAGUGCUUGGGGUACUGGAGAUGGCGGUAGUGGCAGUGGUGGAGCAAAGCCCACUGAGUCAUGGAAAAAGAGUGCUUGGGGUACUGGAGAUGGCGGAAGUGGCAAUGGUGGAGCAAAACCCACUUCAAGCUCUUGGGGUACUGCAGCAGAUAGUGGAAAUGGUGGAGCUAGUGGUGAAACAAAGCCUGCUGAUUCAUGGAGCAAGCCGUCAGCAAGUGCCUGGGGUAAGGGAGAUGGUACAAGUGGCGGAGCUAGUGGUGAAGCAAAGCCUGCUAAUUCAUGGAGCAAGCCAUCAGCAAGUGCCUGGGGUAAUGGAGAUAAUUCAAGUGGCGGAGCUAGUGAUGAAGCAAAGCCUGCUGAUCCAUGGAGCAAGCCGUCAGCAAGUGCUUGGGGCAAGGGAGAUGGUGGAAGUGGCUCUGGAGGGUGGUGAUCAAUCAUAUAAUCUACCUAAGUGAACCAACAAACCGUUUCAGCUCUGUAGAUAUAUUUCUUUUGCUCUAAUGGACAGAUGAUAGGGUCCUAAUCCCCCGAGUCUGUUGACAGUAGUUAAAAUUUAUCCCCCUGCAUCUUUUUGCGAAGAACGCGGAGCAUGCCACAUGCUUCUGAGUCUCUUCCAACAUUAGGUACAGAAUCAGAGUAGAAAUCUUCACUCAUGGAUGCUCUCUCUAAGUUGUCUGUUUUAUCUAUCGGGUUGGUAAAAUGCUCUUUUGAGUUGGGAAAUUCGCAGGCAUUCUGAUUCAAGUAUCUGCUUCUUAGAUUCGUUUUGUGAUAUUCUUCUACCAUAUUUCUUACCAAA